UCUCUGUUCCACUUAGCACCGUUCCCAGUACCCGACACGUCAAACCGAACAUGCCCGUGAACUCGUUUAAGUAAGGCACUCCGCAUGUGAAUAGGAUCUUUACUUUUCAAUGCACUUGGAAUCAUCAUAGAACACGCGCGCGAACUCGUACACGGCGCUCCGCAUGUGAAUACGAUCCUCACUUUUCAAUGCACUUGAUCACACCGGCCCUCGUAAUUGCAUUGCUGGAUCUCCGUGCUUUCUUCAUGGCAACAGGUAUAAAUUGAGCUAUCGACGAUGCGAUCCCGUUUGGAGAGAUGGUAUACCACACUCUUGCGUUGCUCCUAGCCUCUGCCUUGAGCGUUGCUUUCUACCUGCGGAUCAAACGACCUCUUCAUCACUCCACUAUAUCAUCCAUCCAUUCUCUCCUGAAGCCCGUUAAUGGCAUUUUCCCUCACCAAUACUUUCGUCAAGGACGACGAGCUUUCCCAUGCGCGAUUCCGGAACAGAGCACAGGGUCUUCUUAACAAGGCCAGUGACUGGCAUCGUUUCAAACGGAUUGCAGAUCACGCAGUCCUGUCGUCUCUCCCGUCUACCGUCGUCCGUGUCGAUACGCUCGUACAGGCGGUGACGUUACGAGUGAUCCUAGUAGGCUUGCUGGGCACCGAAGACGCAGAGGACGCUUCUUUUCCUCCAUCUUCCGUCGAGACCGUCUCGUCUUUGAUCACCAAGCUAUGGGCUCUAUCCAAGCAUCCGGAGCCUAUUGACCCCACCUUCUUACCCCUUCUUAAUCAACAUCUUCGCGCGCUAGUGCCAGAUACUGAUGCUUAUCCCAAUCCCCUCGAUUUCGUUAUACCUGCCUGGGAAACAAUGUGGCGAGUCGUUGCUACGACGUUCGCACAUGUUUACAAGGACGAUCGGUUUAGGCGCGCGCUUGAAGAACUGCAUGUGAACCCUAGCAUAACCCAGUUCCGCCUGCAGGGCUGUGACCCAAGUGCCGAGAGUCUCAUCAUCGAAGCAAUGCGUCUUCAUCCCCCUUCGAAACACAUCUCACGUUCGGUUCCGUCCCUUCCCUCAUUCUUACCCCGCUGGAUGUCGUCACGCCUCUUUGACACGCUCCACGUCGCGGACGUUUGGGCUGUGCAUUAUUCUCCAGCCGUCUGGGGGUCUUCAGUCGAGACGUUUGAUCCUUCGCGCCACAUGACGCGUACACCAGAGCAGGAGGAAGGCUUCCUUGCAUUUGGCUAUGGAAGGCUACAGUGCGUGGCUAAGAAUUGGGCACCGAUGGCUGCUGCCACUAUCCUGUCAUCCAUCCUUGCUGGUCUGGAUGAGAAGUACAGGGUCAGAGCAGGGAAAGGUAUCGGAGGAAGGGAUGGUUGGGAAGGAUGGGAGAUCGUAGCGCUGCCAACUGCCGUCCCACUGUGGCAUGAUGGAUGAUCCUUUGUCAAUCGUUUGCUGUUGGACAUUUUUUCUAUCUUGUAUUUCGGUCGAGCUGGUUGAGUAUUUGUAUGAACGCAAUACAGCAUCAUUUUCAAGAUGUCGAAUAAGUAUUUUGAAUUUUAUAACCUUAGGUAAAUUAGAGUAUAUAACCCGUCCUUUAGCUUUAUCAUUUGCAGUUGAUUUGCAGGGU